ACUCUGAAAAGAACCCACUAUUGGAACUACUGACGCUAGUUACGGCGCGUACCCAGAAAAAAAUAUUUAAAACAGAGACAACGUUGUCUCUUCAACAAACAAAAUUGUUAAAAGUCCACACAUGGGGUAAACAUCCUCACAACUAAACAAAUUGCGUUACCACCUGAAUUCAUCUUCACUACACCUGUACUAGAAAAAGGACUGAAAUAAUCAAUCAAGUUUUACUAAAACCCGACACGUGCAACUGUCCCCUAUAAUACAUGCAUUGUGGGUGCAUCAACACACCUGUGCCAGGAAAAGGAGCAGCUGUAAUCAAGUUACUGUGGAAAACUGUUGCUAGCAACAAUUCCCAAUGUUGCUAAUCAUUUGAUCUUGAACCUUCCUCGCGAGUGGAACUGAUACAGAAUGGCGUUUAAUAUAUCGACAAUGCGGCCGCAUGUCGAUUCUGUGUUGGUCACAGAACGAGAGCUUCCCACUGGUGUGGUAUACCGGAACAAGGACAAGAUUCAUGACGCAAACUUUUGGCACAGGUUUAAGGUGAAGAAUGUUGGGGACACUCAUCGGGAUGAUAUCUUGUUAUCUCUUAUGAAGCAUGUCUAUCCUAUGGACUUUUUGCCAACCAAUUUUACCAAAGAUGGAGACAACGCAUAUAUUUUGGCUAGAGGCUGUGGAGUGGCUGUUGAGAAGUUCUGCUUUGACAAUUUGGAGGUGCCAAAUUGUAUCAACCCGAAUGCCCCAUCAUUCAAAUUGGAGGUGAUGAUCAAAUUUUCCACCACCAGUGAAAUUAAAAUAAAUGUGGCAGCUAAUCUUGAAUCGGUCUUGAGUAAAAGAUUUAAAUCAGUGAUCAAAACUUUAGAUUUGAACAUGUUCUACAAGGAUCCAGAUUUGACUGAAUUUUGCCCAUUGAGUCAGCCAAAAAUUAUGUAUUUUGUUUUGCAUCUUGCAAGACCACUAAAACCAAAGAGGAUUAUAUUGUCAAAUAAUGGUAUAAAGUCAUUGAUACCUUUAGAAACACUUGUGGAUGUACAAAUUGAAUUCCUUGAUCUGAGUAGCAAUGAGAUUGAAAACGUACAAGCUUUGGAACCCCUAAAAUUGCUUCCAACAUUAAGAGAACUCUAUUUGGAUAACAACAUGUUGUGCAGCGAGUUCAACGAAUCAUUCAACUAUUGCACCCAAGUGAAGUCAUACUGUCCCCUUCUUAAAACCCUGGACGGAAUACCAGUGCUGCAACACCUGAAGGGCAUCAAAAAGCCACAGAAGAACUUUCUGUGCAACCUCGACAGUCUGAACGUGGUGAACAGCUUCGUCGAGCGUUACUUCACAUUGUUCGAUUCGAGCCAACGUCGCGACGUGAUGGAAAUGUACGACCAGGAGGCCAUAUUCACCAUGAGCUUCAAAUGCAAUGCACACCAGAUCACAUCGAAGGCUGCGUAUAAACACUACAACCAGAUAUCACGGAACAUGAAGCAGCUGGCCAACAUGACGAAGAGCACCUUCGGCGUGUUUACCGGACCCACGCAAAUUUUCGGGAACGGUUUGGCUCAGAUUCCACCCACAGAACACGACCGCUACGAUUUGAAGGUGGAUGUAAUCUAUUAUCAGCUUCCGGUUAUUGUACUGGUGGUGACAGGUAUAUUCAAACAUCCAAUGGAGGCGGGCGCCAUGCAGAAGCCUUACUUCCAUUUUAGCAGGACGUUCGUACUGCGCGAGACCAACGACAAAGUUUACAUUAUGAACGAUCUAUUGCACGUGCAGAACGCCAUGACGAAACAGGCGUUAGCUGCGUUCUCUAUAGAGGACAAGACUCCAAUCAAAUAUGUGGCUGUGACCCUGGACCAAAAGAAUGAGGCGAUCAGGACGUUUGCCCUCAUCACUACUCUCACGGAGGCUUGGGCAAAGAAGUGUCUUGAGGACUGUGCGUUCGACGUGAAAAAGGCUUUGCAAGUGUUCAUCGGCCUGUACAAAUCUAAUCAGAUUCCUGACGACGCCUUUGCCAAUUCCCGAGAUGACCUCACUUCUGCCUCCGCAGAUUUUCCCGAGAGCAAUGACCCAAUUCGGCUGUUGAAUUGCGAUUGUUCUGCGUCUUCCAUUUCUAGUCGGUGCGUUUCCGUAGACGACUCGGAUGACGUCAAUUCUCUCCCUACGGAUGCCACCCGAGACAGUGACCUUGUCGAUCGCGUGAGACGUGAUUUUUCGCCCUCUUCCGAUUCUAGUCAGUGUCAUUUGCCUCCUCCUGUCGACGAUGAGGAGUCGAACAUUUUGUUGGGACUUUUAAAGGAACGCAAACCGUGGAGUCUUGCCGUCAGGACUGUUUUGUUCAGAUAUCGUCCACCUGGUAACAAAGAUCAAAUUCAGAAACUGUUUUCCACAACAGACGGCGCGAAGUAUUGGGUGAAUAUUCCACAGUCCCUCGGAGACUGUAUCAAAAUUGAGGAGCUGCCCUCGGGCGCCUGUCCUCGUGUUAGUCGCGAAGAAGAUAAUGUGGUCAGAAAAAUUUUAUUAUUGCGGGAUAAUUUGCCGGAAAAUGUCUCAACUCUUCUAUUCGAUGUUCUCAGAGAGAGUGGUAACUCACUUUCGUUUCGUGCUAAAAGUGGAAAUGGAAUCAAAGUUUCGUUGGCGUUUGAAGAAUGCGACUCUCUUAUUGUUUCUUGGGAAGAGGACGAAAUUGCCUCGAAGGCCUUUGCCAAUCCUUUCACUGCAGCGGUAGAACUUAAGGAGCAAUUGUUGAAGUUUAGACCACAUGGUUGCGACAAGGAUCUGACCAAGUUGUUUUGCACUAGAGAUGGACAGAAGAUUAGAUUGACUAUUCCGCAUUUCCCAACAGUUAAUGAGUUAACAGCGUAUGAAGAAGACCAAUUUGCUAAAAAACUGAUGAAGAUGGAGCCUCCUUACACCGAUGACAUUCUUUCGGUUUUAAUGCGGUUUAGACCUGAAGGAAACGAAGAGGAAAUCCGGAAAGGUUUUAAAACUUUGGACGGUCGCGAGAUAUUCGUUAGCAUUCCUCUGCCACGUAAAGAAAUGAUCGUCAAUAAUGAUAUUAUUUGGGUAUCAGAUGAUGAUGACGUUUCUGUUAACCAAAAUGAACCUCUUGUUGCUAAUCAUAAGACUGAUAAUGAAGUUAAUAGUGAAAUGGAUGUGGUUUUAAACUCGAAUAAAUUAACCGAACUAGGAAUGGCAUUAGAACAUAAUAUUCUAGCGAAUUCGAACAACGAAUUAUUCUCAACACCAGUCAAUUAUGACAAUGAAAUGGAAAUGGCAGAAGGUAUGACAUUCGUUAACCUUCUUUCGUCUCAUAAAGAAACGGUCGAUAAUAAUCACAAUAUUUGGAUAUCAGAUGAUGACGACGUUCUUGACCAAAAUGACACUUUUGUUGCCAAUAAUAUGACUGACAAUGAAGUUAGUAAUGAAAUUGAUGUAGAUUUAAGGGAGAAUAAUCUAACCGAAUCAGGAAUGGCAUUAGAACAGAAUACACCAGCUGAAUCAGAGGUGUCCCACUUAGAAAUGGUCCCAAUAGUUUCAUCAGCAAAUGAAAAAAUGGUUACUAAGACUAAAUUAUUCUCAGUACCAGUAAAUUCUGACAAAGAAAUGGGAUCAGCAGAAAGUAAGACAUUCGUUAGCUCUCCUAAGCCUCGUAAAGAAACUAUCGAUAAAUAUGAUAUUAUUUGGUUAUCAGAUGAUGAUGGCAUUCCUGUUAGUCAAAAUGAAGCUUUGCAUGAUAAGACUGAUAAUGAAAUUAAUAGUGAAAUGGAUGUAGAUUUAAGAGAGAAUAAUAUAAGCGAAGCAGGAACGGCAUUGGAACUGAAUACACCAGUUGAAUCAGAGGUGUCCCUCUUAGAAAUUGAUAAAGUAGUUUCGACAACAAAUGAAGAAAUGCUUACUAACGCUGACAAAGGUAAUUCUAUUACCCCGAAUUUGAAUAGUGAAUUAUUCUCAGUACCAGUCAAUCAUGUAAAUGAAAUGGAAAUGACAGAAACUAAGACAUUCGUUAGCUUUCCUACACCUCGUAAAGAAACUAUCGAUAAAAAUGAUAUUAUUUGGUUAUCAGAUGAUGAUGGCAUUCCUGUUAGUCAAAAUGAAGCUUUGCAUGAUAAGACUGAUAAUGAAAUUAAUAGUGAAAUGGAUGUAGAUUUAAGAGAGAAUAAUCUAAACGAAUCAGGAACGACAUUAGAACAGAAUACACCAUUUGAAUCGGAGGUGUCCCACUUAGAAAUUGAUAAAGUAGUUUCGACAUCAAAUGAAGAAAUGCUUACUAACGCUGACAAAAACAAUUCUACUAUUUCGAAUUCGAAUAGUGAAUUCUCAGUACCAAUCAUUUUUGCUAAUGAAAUGGAAGUGGCAGAAAGUAAGAUAUUCGUUAGCUUUCCUACGCCUCGUAAAGAAACUGUCGAUAAAAGUGAUAUUAUUUGGGUAUCAGAUGAUGAUGACGCCAAAUCAGGAAUGGCAUUAGAACAGAAUAAAACAGUUGAAUCAGAAAUGAUAUUGGAACAAAAUAAUGAAGUCAUGGUGCCCCAAUUAGAAAUGAAUCAAGAUGUUUCUACGUCAAGCGAACAAAUGCUUGCUAACACUAGCCCGAAUUCGAUUAAAGAACAAUUCUCUGUGCUAGCCAGUUCUGGCAGAGAAGUCGAAUUCGCAGAAACAUUCUACCAGUUACCUCAAAUAGACUGCGAAUGUUUUUUAAACGACGGUUUGGAACAUGAUUGUCUGGUGUUGGGGGAAAAUGAACUUUUAAAAGUGUCAGAGGAAGAAGACAAAAUAGCUCGCAUAGUUAUGAAAGGAUGUUUCUCAAACAACUUUGUGUCAUUUUUGUAUCGAAGAUACAGAGGUACCUUCAAUAUUAAAUUCCGAACCAAAAAUGGAUUGAUGCUUUUCCACAGACGUCCAUCAAAUGAUCCUGCGUAUAAAUCUUACGACUGUCUGCCUUGGGAAAUUCCGUUAGUAGAGCAAUAUACAGAUUUGAAUUAUGAAGACACUGUUGCGUUGAAUAUUUUAUGUAAUCCAAAUUUUCUGAAAACCAACAUGCAUGCUUUGCAAGCAUUUAGACCUAAUGGUGUCAAUAAGGACAUGUACAAAUUACUUAGAACCAAAAGGGGUUACAUGUUUACAAUAAAAUUACCUCCAGCUGAAAAAGUGAGUUCCAACAUAAAAAUUCCGGACAUUAAUGGAAAUGAAUUUCUGCCUUGUUUGGAUAAAGAAGAUGAAACUGCAAACAUUUUGUUAUCCGCACCCAAACCAUGGACAGAUGGCGUUUACAAUCUUUUAUAUAAGUACAGACCGUCUGGUUGUGUACUGCAUUUACAUAAAAUGUUUUGUACACAAGACGGUCGAAAAAUUAUUGCUCAAAUACCAAAUACAUUUAACUAUAAACCAAUGAGAAGUAUUCCAUUGCUACAAACUAUGAUUGAUGAUGUGUGCUUCUUCACCGAAAGUUUCAGCCAGGAGGAUAGACUGUUCAUAUUUGAAUCUGAUACAGUUGUGCCCGAUAGAGAGGAACAAAUAGCAAUGGCGGUUAUCCAUAACAAGAUUAGUUUUACUCAGAAACCUCCAAGACAACGCUUCCGUUCAAACGCUGGUUUUAUGGUUUGUGGUAGACCGAUGAGCACAUUACGGGGAAAUUUACCAAAACCCUCUUCUAACAUAUUAACAUCUUUAACCGAAUUAGAAGACAUGAUCGCACAAAGAAUUAUUCGAAAUCCAUCAAUUCUACGGGGCAACCUCCGUUUUUUAACAUGCCUCUUACCAUCACAAGGAUAUUUACAUUUUCUAAAAAGAUCAUACAAACUCUUGCGUACAAAAGACGGCUUGAUGUUCUGUGUGAGGCUGAACGGGAAGAUGAAAAACCGGAGCGGCAACGAUACUACGCCGUUAAUUGAACCAGACCCUGUAUCGGACGAGGAGGACCAAAUGGCCAAGUUACUUUUGAACAGUCCUAGACCGUGGUCGCACGCGAUUAAUUCUCAAUUAUACAAAUACAGACCGCCAAGAUUCGACCUGCAUCUGCAUAAGUUGUUUCGCACCAAAGAGGGCUUAAAAAUUAUCGCUCACAUUCCUAAGAGUUUGUCCACCGGUAUAUUGUAAUUUGUUAUGAUUUUGGUACUUGAAGUUACGAUGAAGUUUUUUUUAUUAUUUGAAUAAUGAUUAUUUCUUUUGGGGAGAUCUAGAUUCUUCUGGACCUAAUUUGUUACUUGUGAUAAAUUGAAGUUACUUUUUUUGUUUUGUAUUUGAAGUUACCAGGAAGUUUUUUGUUUUUUAGGAGGUCUAUAGGUUUUUCUUCACCUAAUCAGUUGUUGUUAAUUUAUUUAUUUUUAUUUUGAAGGAUUUGUUAUUAACUAGUGUUAAAUACUUUGUUACUAUUAUUUUUUAUUUAAUAAAUUAUUUUGUUUAUAGUA